AGCUAAUGUAAACGGACCAGAAUUGGCACAAUCAGGCCGAUGUUUGUGUGUGUGUGUGUCAGUGGGAGUGUAUCAGAGAGAAAAUCAUAUAAAAGGCAUUAGGGGCUGGCUAAAUACCCAUCCUUCAGUUUGUCUCUUGGUGUGUCACCUGGUUCCUCUGCUCUCUUAGCUGCAAAGUUUUAGUUUUUUAACUCCGCUCUCCUCCAUCAUGCUGUUUCGAGCUCUGCUCCAGACGUCGCUGGUUCUCUGGUUGGCUCAGCAAACUCUGCAAGGCGGGGUUAGACCUCAGAGUGUAUCCUUUGGCAGAGUGCUGCCAGCCAGAGGUGUUGGUGUUGGACUUAGACCAGCAGUUUCAGGAGCCCUUGGCGCUAUGGGAAAUCGUUAUGGCAACAAAGCGAUGAAGGCUGGAAUUGGCCGUUAUCCUGGGGCUCAGCUCGGUCUGGGGGGUUACAGAUCUCUUGGAUUAGGAGGAAGAGCAGGCCUGAGGCAAGGUGGAUAUGGAGCCCAGGGAGCCUAUGGUGCCAGCCUGGGCACCGGAAUGGGAAUGGGGACUGGAUUUAACGGACUGGGACAGGGCUUGGGCCAGGGAGGAAAAAGAGGUUAUGGUGCUGGCGUCGGAACUCUGCCAGGAUAUGGGGCUAUGGCUGGCAUGGGCUAUCCUGAGGCCCGACCAGGAAUUGGACUUGGUUAUCCCACUGGACAGAGGGCUGAGGAACAAAUACCCGGUGUGUCUGCAGCAGAUUUGGGGGGACCAGAGCUGGCCAGUCUGGGCCAAGCUCUUCAAGAUCUGAAGAGGGAAAAGGGCAGAGUACUUGGUCUCUUGAAGGGGAAAGGAGACAAAGGUUUUGUUCCUGAAACACCAGCUGGAGGGGACGGUAUUCUUGGUCCUAUUGCACCUGAGUUACUGGCUGGAGUCCACAGCCUCGAACCGUUAGUAAAGUCAUCAAAUCUUGGAUCUACGAACCCUUUUGAUAAACCGAGUAAAAAUCUUGGUCUUGCUGCUUCACAAGCACAAGGAAGAGACAGUCAUGAGCCUACUUUCUUGAAAAGAAAGAUCACCACAGGCCAUGGAGUCACACUGGCAGCUGGAGGAGUAAGACAGCAGCUGCCUCUGAAUCAAGACAACACCAGAAACCCCAUCUCCUCUCAGGCACAGAGUGCUGGAGACUACGAUUUAUCGAUUCAACAAAAUCAGCGACCCACAAACUGUGGAUCCACUCGUGAUCUGUCCGAGGUAUCAAGGAUCAAUCUCCGUGAGAUGUUGGGAUCAGAAAGGACUCAAGGUUUUUUGCCUCAGCUUCACUUUGGUAAAGGCAACAAACAUCUCGGACAUGCAGAUCCACAAGCAGAAAGAGAGAAAGGCUAUCCACUGCCUCAAGAUCUCACAGGUUAUAUGGGUGGAGCGGGAAACUACCUGGGAGCAAGCCUGGGCGCUGGAGGCUACGGAGCAGGUUUGGGGCAGGGAGCAUACCUGGGUGGUGCGGCCGGCAAACAUGCUGCCGCUGCCGCUGCACUCGGACAGGGUGGGUAUCCUCAAGGUGUUCCAGGCUAUGGUGACGGAGCAACCGGGCUGCUGGGUGCUGUUGGAAAUGGCUACGGUGGAGACGCUGCAAAAGCUUUGGCUGCAGCAGGUUACGGGAAUGGUUACAGCGACGGUUACGGAGCUGGGCUUGGUUACCCAGCACACUUAGCUGAUGGGGCUGAGAACAAAGCAGGGAAGAAUAAAGCCCUCAGCACGGGAGGCUACGCCGGGCAGGCCCAGGGAGGAUAUGGAGCAGGGGCUGCUCAGGUUCCUUAUGGGAGCGCUCCAGUGAUUCCAACUGGACUGGAAGGUGAAGGGGGCUACCCGUACGGCGCUCAGUCGCUCAGCCUCAGAGCUGAAGGUGCUAAAUCCUCUGACAAAUAUGGAGCUGCUGCAGGAUACAGAGCUCAGAAGACAGGUUAUGGUGCACAGCUGGGAGCGACUCAAGAUGCGAUGGGAGAGCAGGCUGGCAAAUAUGGUGGAGUUAACGGUGCCCUUGGAAAUGGAUACAAAGGCUAAUUCAAAUGACCCGAGCCUCUUCAAGUGGAUAAUUUCCCUGAUGUGUUCACUGUAAUCUGUUCUAAAAGCCUUUUGUGUGUGUGUUUCGGUCCAUUUUGUCCUGUCCUGUUGUCAGUUUUGUCCUUGUUUUAUUCUCCUCGUCUUUUCUCUGUAAGGGGACAUUUGUUACCAGCGUCUGUUUGUCUCCCUGGUCCAGAACCUGCAGUGCCCCACCAGUCUCAUUCUUUCCAUGAUGAAAAAUAUGGUGGUGAACAUAAACAUUAAAUUUGUGGCAAUGUUUUGAGAUAAUGUUUUAAGAUCAAUGUUUUAUUCCAAUAAAUUAUAUGUCCAGGAAUGCUGAUUUUAAGCUUCUUAGUCAAACACUUGACCUGUUUACCUGAACACUUUGUUCCUCUUUAGUCGCAUCAGCGAAGCCUCAUUUGCACACAGGAAGCUUUACCACUUCCUUUCUAAUGUUGGGCAGCGCUGUCUGAGAUAAACGAAACACCAGCGCUCAAAUUGAAACUUAAAGUAAGAAGACGAGACAUGAAAUACCACAAGCAGAUCAGAGAUAAUGGCUUUAUUGUGGAUAAAUAAUGAUCAUGUCAAGAUAAACAAAGUGACAGUGUGAUUAAUGCAACAGUCCAGCUCAUCUUAUAAAUGUUUGUGCUACAGUGACACAAAAUGACACAAAAUAUGUAUCAGACCAGUGUGUCUUUGAUGAAAUGGGCACAAUGUAUAACAAAUACAUAUAUUCAUAAGGAAUAAAAAAAUCUUGUCUCCCACAGCUUUUAUUUUUGUAUUUAUUGUUUUAUACAUUUAAAACAUUCAAUUUCAAUUAUCUAUAAUGCUUCAUUUACAAUGCUUGCAUGGAAACUGCUAGUCAAAGGAUUAAAUAUAGAAUAUACUGAACCAGAUUGGACAUAAUAUUAGGAACGUUUUUCACAAUUGAAUUGUAGCCGCUACGUUGGCCUCAGAUUACACCACGUCAAACAUGUGACUCUCAGCUGGAAGACUCUGGUUCCCCUGGGAGCUCGAUUUGUCCACAAACACACCCAUCUCUAACAGGAGGGCCUUUGGAAGGGGGUGGGCAUGACGGGACACAUACAGCCUCUUCAGGCUUGAACUCAUUGGUGAAGCCUUAUACUCAGUGCAUGUAUUUCCACCCAGGCUCGGGGCACAUUUCACCUCCCAUUUGUAGUACAGCCAGCCGUGCUGCAG